UGUUGUUUAUUUACAAUGAAUUCGUGGAAAGAAUAUAUUAAGUCCAUUCCAACUCACAUGGACUAUGAAGGCCAGGCAAGGGCAGAAAAAUUAUCCAGGGUGAUUAUAACACUGUUUGGUGUAGUAGGACUAAUAUGGGGAUACGUGAUCCAGCAGUUUUCGCAAACAAUCUACAUCCUUGGCGCCGGAUUCGUAAUGGCUGCUUUGAUUACAGUACCACCGUGGCCUAUGUACCGCCGUAAACCAUUGGAUUGGCAAAAGCCACAGCAACAGCCGGCAGUCACCGCCAAAUUAAAGAAGAAGAAGUAGUUAAUUACCAUCCUGAACUGUCUAUACUUAACACAUUCUCGUUAAUAUAAGAUACAUCACUAUAUUUACCAAUAACUGUGCAUAGAUUCUUUAUUGUUUUGUAAUUAAAACUUACCUAUGAUUUCUAAGCAAUUAACUAAAUCAGUGCCUCUAUUGUACACACUAUCGUAAAUCGGUAAUGUGUUACCUGUUAUCUGUACAUCGCAUUUAUAAUAUAUUUAUUACACGAUA